CAAAUAUUAAUCCAUCGAAUGAAAUCAUUACAGCUACAUUAAAUGAUUUAACAGAUAUGGCACGUGAUGAUGAUCAACAUGAUUUACCAACAACAAACAAUUUCGAACCAAUAUCCCCAGCUGAUAUUCAAGCAGAUUCAACACCAAAACGACAAAAAACAUUAACGAAAGCAGAACGUCGACGUAUCCACAAUCGUACGUAUACUUUGAAACAACGUAAACGAUAUUGCAAAACUGAAAUUAUAGUUUCUAAUAUUGAUCGUCGAUUUACAAUCAAAGAAAUUAAAGGAAUUAUUAAAUCUUAUAGUGUUCCAUAUUCUGCGGUAAAUUUUUCCACUUCAUCAAAUACUCGAAAACGAUCAGUACAUAUUGGCAUACGGAAUCCAUCACAACUUAAUGAUUAUCAAAAUCAAAUCGACCAUUUAUUUACACCUUCGCAUUACAAUCGCUUCAUUGAUGAUCAACGAACACAUAGAUCUAGGGAUGUGCAGUUUCAGUUUACUGAUGACUGCCAGCACCGGUAUACUGAGCACUGA